CCUUCUUCUUUCCUUGCCCACUUCGAAGAAAAUCCAACUGCUCUUCUUUUUCUUCUUUUUCUCUCACCAAAGCAGCCAGUCGCCUGCUACCAAGAGAUUCCUCUUCCCACUCCACCUCCCGCCCCUUCCCUUCUCUUGGACCCUCGGCCUUUCUCCUCAAGCAUCAUCUUCUUGUACGCAUUGCCUACUUGCAAUAUUACACAAUAUCCUCACCUUACAGGAUACCGACCGCUCCUACUUGCGACUUUCAGGCGCUGCUUAGGUCGAUUGACGACGAAGGAAUUUCUUGUCAAGGCCAUAUUCCCUAGUACGACAAAAGUGGCAUUCCUGGAUAUGAGAGGUCGCUAA